CCGAGCCCAGCGGACAUCGAAGCUCCUCCUUCUGCCACAGAUCGCCGAGAUCCCCCCUACGUGUGUGUGUUUGUGUGUAGAGACAGCAAAUCUUUGCAGCAGUUUAAAUAGCGUUCAGUUGAGCGUUCCGCAUUCGACGAUCAGUUAAGUUCGAAGGCGCGCGGCAUACCAGUUGCAGUUUUCACUUCAGUUUCGGAUCGCUCGUGUCGUGUCGUGUUCGCUCGCUCGCUCGCUCGUCUGUGUCGAGGUAGGACAAGCAAUCCACUACAACGGCUACAGCGGUGCAACGCAUUCUGAAACUGUUGAUGCAACGCCAGCAGAAACUGCUGCGCCAAUUGUUCCAACUGACUGCAUUGGCAAGACGUUAAGCAUACGCACCGGUGUACAGCGACACACAACAGAUACUCGAGUGACAAGUGCGACAAGUGACGAGUGUUGAGUGCAAAGUGGAGGUUAGUUCAAGGAGCCUUCAAGGCGGGCCAUCAACAAGCUCCAUCCUGGGUAAUCUGUGGUUAAUCGUGAAAGAUUACCUCUUUGCCAAAAUGGGUCCUCCGAAUGUGACGGCCUCCGUGCACGGCAGCGAGCUGCCACCGAAGACCACGGAGCGCAGCGAUGCGCCCGUGGAGCUCACCGGCUACCGGAAGUGGCUCAGCGACAAUCUAAUGCUGCUGGUGACGCUCUCUGGAGUGCUGCUCGGAGUCAUCAUGGGCCUCUCGCUGCGUCCGUUGCAUCUCCAUGGGGACUCCAUCAUGCUGAUCUCGUACCCAGGAGAGCUCUUCAUGCGCGUGCUCAAGCUGAUGAUUCUGCCGCUGGUCAUCUCCAGUCUGAUUGCCGGCUCGGCCAGCCUCAAUGCCAAGAUGAACGGCAAGAUCGCCCUGCGGACGCUCGUCUAUUUCGCCAGCACCUCCUUCUUCAAUGCCGCCUUGGGCAUUGCCCUCGUGCUGCUCAUUCAUCCUGGAAACCCGGAUAUGCAUAAUAACGAUGACCGUUCCACGGACAAGCGGACUGUGAAUCUUCUGGACAGCCUCCUGGAUUUGGGCAGAAAUAUAUUCCCGGACAACCUGUUCCAGGCAUCGAUCCAGCAGGCCCACACCGUCUACCUGCCCAAGCCGAGCAUCCUGCACGCCUUCAACGAGACGCUGAACGACACGGCCAUCCUGCUGUCCGGCGGCGUGGAGGCGCAACGCCAGGCCGAGGACUUGGAUGAAGUGGUGCUCGUGCGGGACGUGCAGUACCGCAGCGGAACGAACACGCUGGGCAUUGUGUUCUUCUGCCUGGUGUUUGGCACCUUCCUGGGCACCAUUGGCCAGAAGGGGCAGGUCGUUGUGGACUUUUUCGCAGCCAUUUUCGAGGUGAUCAUGAAGAUGGUGACGUGCGUGAUGUGGCUGACGCCGGUGGGUAUUAGCUCGGUGAUUGCUGGCAAGAUCCUAAGCGUCGACGACCUGGGCCUGGUGAUGGCGCAGCUCAUCUGGUUCAUCUUUACGGUGGCCAUCGGCGUGUUCCUCUACCAGUUCGUGGUGAUGCAGGCCAUCUACUUCGUGUUCGUGCGCCGCAAUCCCUUCAAGUUCUACGCGGGCCUCAUCCAGGCCAUGCUCACCGCCUUUGCCACCGCCUCAACCGCUGCUGCCCUGCCCAUCACAUUCCGCUGCAUGAACGAGAAGCUGCGCGUGGACCCGCGCAUCACCCGCUUCGUUCUGCCCAUUGGCUGCAACAUCAACAUGGACGGAACUGCGCUCUACAUCGCCGUGGCCUCGAUCUUCAUCGCCCAGAUGAGCGGCAUGGUGCUGGGCUUCGGGGAGCUGCUCACCGUGCUGCUGACCUCCACGGCGGCAUCCAUGAGCUCUGCGAGUGUGCCGAGCGCUGCUCUGGUGCUGCUCCUGGUGGUGCUCACCGCCAUCGAUGCUCCUGUUCAGGAUGUGACGCUGCUCUUUGCCGUCGACUGGUUUGUCGAUCGGAUUCGUACCACCAACAACAUGCUAGGGGACUGCUACACCGCCGCCAUCGUUGAGGAGUUGUCGCGCAAGGAGCUAAUGGCGCUGGAUGCGGCCGCCGUCAAUUAUCAGGACAUGCCCGCUGGCACACCAAAUGGACACAGCGAGGGCAUGCUCGAGGGACAGACCGAACUGAUCACCGACUCUGUGGUGGUGGACAUGAGUGCUGUGAUGAAUAAUGUGAGCCUGCAGCAGGAGCACAGCAAUCGCAGGGUCUAGGCAAGCCACCAACAGAUGAAACCCCGCCGCCAGUUCGUCAGUCGUGAGAGUUCCACCACCAACAGAAGAAGCAGACAAACAGCACCACCAAUAGACCAAAUAGUGUUCCCCCUGCAAAGCAAUAAUCUGAACAACCACCAAAUACAUCAGAUAAAGAUAUGAAUAUCGAUCUGUGAGACUGUCGCAUGAGUGACGAACACCCGGAAACCCACCCGAUAUUAUGUAGAAUUUAUUCCUCUUUUAUGGACUCGAAGAGAACUCGAACAUUGAGGCGCUGCUCCUCCAAAACAACACACACAUACAGCAUAUAUAUACAUAUAUAUCGGAUAUAUACUCUCACUUAGUAGUCAUACAAAUACAAAAUAUAUUUAUCACACGCAGCAGCACAUAACAUUCGGACUAGCAGAGGAGGCGAACGAUUUCUCUAUGGGUAUUAUUUUGUAAGGCCAUCAUCGAUUUGUGAACUGAUUUCUGUGUUACUUUGUUGUUGCUUAUUUCUACGAUUUAAUAUCUAUACUAAUAUUGUGUGAGUGUCAUAGAUGUGUGUCGAAUGCGAAGGUUGUACUACAAGAAGGAAGCUGGAUCCUAGGUUUAGUUCUAGUUUUAGUUGUCACUUUGUUGAUCUGCUGACGAUCCCCCGAUCCCAUUCACCAUUCACUGACUUUUCGUUAUACCCAAGUCCACGUUUAGCAAUUACCAAUUACCGAUUAUCACACAUGCAUUCGUAGACUGAUAGCAGACGUAGUUCAAUAGCGAUAGCGAUAA